AUGUUCGAAACCGAUUGCAGUGAUCGAAAAACUGAACAGAUUCGUGACUUGAACAAUUUCUCUCAUCUCAUGCAACCACAAGUUCGAAAUGCCAAUCCUGGAAUCCACGAGUUUGAUAUUUUCGCCUUGAUUCAGGCAGUGCCUGAACUUCAGGCAAAAUACAAAGAGUUUCAAAAUUUUCUGGAGGCUCAAGAAAUAGUCCCAAUGGGUGAUGAGCUUCUGGAUACCAGAAAGAAAGAAGACAAGAAUACAGAUAGUGAUCAAAACGUGGAAGAAGAUGCAACAAAGCAGAAGAAAGACCCCAUUAUGGGAUUGAAUGAAAAGUCGGGAUGUGAUGGAAUGGCACAUUCGAGUACCGAAUCUUCUCGCAGUAACAAAAAAACAACCGAAAUAGACGCAGAAUUAUCUGAAGAUGUUGAUGAGUCGAGAGAAUUAGCAUCGAAGAGCGCUGAGCCAAUCGAUAAAAACGCUGGUCUUCAUAAAACUUCUCACCAGUUUCGUUUACUGAGGAUCCAAUAG